GAACUACAACUCCCAGCACCGCGGCGGCACGGACUCCCGGAAACCCGCGCCGAUGCGGGGAGGAAGCAGCUGAGACACCGCCAUCAGGCCCGGGUUAAUUUAGCAAGAAAAAGGGGGCGGGAAGGGCUGUAGGGCACCUGUCAAUCCGGCAUUAUGAACGUGGUAUUUGCUGUGAAGCAGUACAUUUCUAAAAUGAUAGAGGACAGUGGGCCCGGUAUGAAAGUACUUCUCAUGGAUAAAGAGACGACUGGCAUAGUGAGUAUGGUAUACACGCAAUCAGAGAUCCUUCAGAAGGAAGUAUACCUCUUUGAACGCAUUGAUUCUCAAAAUCGGGAGACCAUGAAACACCUGAAGGCAAUUUGUUUUCUUCGCCCUACGAAGGAGAAUGUGGAUUAUCUGAUCCAGGAGCUCCAGAGACCCAAAUACAGUAUAUAUUUUAUUUAUUUCAGUAAUGUGAUCAGCAAGAGUGAUGUGAAGUCACUGGCUGAAGCUGAUGAGCAGGAAGUUGUGGCUGAGGUCCAGGAAUUUUAUGGUGAUUACAUUGCCGUGAAUCCACAUUUGUUUUCCCUCAAUAUUCUGGGUUGCUGCCAGGGUCGAAAUUGGGAUCCAGCCCAGCUUUCUAGAGCAACUCAAGGACUCACAGCUCUCCUUUUGUCUCUGAAGAAGUGUCCCAUGAUUCGUUACCAGCUUUCAUCAGAGGCAGCAAAGAGACUUGCAGAGUGUGUUAAGCAAGUGAUAACUAAAGAAUACGAAUUGUUUGAGUUCCGGCGGACAGAGGUUCCUCCGCUGCUACUUAUUUUAGAUCGCUGCGAUGAUGCCAUCACCCCAUUGCUAAACCAGUGGACAUAUCAGGCCAUGGUCCAUGAACUACUGGGCAUAAACAAUAAUCGGAUUGAUCUUUCCAGAGUACCAGGGAUCAGUAAAGACUUAAGGGAGGUGGUCCUAUCUGCUGAAAAUGAUGAAUUCUAUGCUAAUAAUAUGUAUCUGAACUUUGCUGAGAUUGGUAGCAACAUAAAGAAUCUCAUGGAAGACUUUCAGAAAAGGAAACCAAAAGAACAGCAAAAGCUUGAAUCAAUAGCAGACAUGAAGGCUUUUGUUGAGAAUUAUCCACAGUUCAAGAAGAUGUCUGGGACUGUUUCAAAGCAUGUGACAGUGGUUGGAGAACUGUCUCGAUUGGUCAGUGAGCAGAAUCUGCUGGAGGUUUCAGAGGUUGAGCAAGAACUGGCCUGUCAAAAUGACCAUUCUAGUGCUCUCCAGAAUGUCAAGAGGCUUCUGCAGAACCCCAAAGUGACAGAGUUUGAUGCUGCCCGCCUAGUGAUGCUUUAUGCUUUACAUUAUGAGCGACACAGCAGCAAUAGUCUGCCAGGACUAAUGAUGGACCUCAGGAAUAAAGGUGUUUCUGAGAAGUAUCGAAAGCUUGUGGCUGCAGUUGUUGAAUAUGGUGGUAAACGAGUCAGAGGAAGUGACCUCUUCAGCCCCAAAGAUGCUGUGGCUAUCACUAAACAGUUCCUCAAAGGAUUGAAGGGAAUAGAAAAUGUAUAUACACAGCAUCAACCUUUCCUACAUGAGACCCUGGAUCAGCUCAUCAAAGGAAAGCUUAAAGAAAACCUGUACCCUUAUCUAGGCCCUAGCACACUCAGAGACAGACCUCAGGAUAUCAUUGUGUUUGUAAUUGGCGGAGCCACCUAUGAAGAGGCUCUAACUGUUUACAACCUGAACCGUAAUACUCCUGGAGUGAGGAUUGUCCUGGGAGGCACCACAGUGCACAACACAAAAAGUUUCCUAGAGGAAGUUCUGGCUUCUGGACUGUACAGCCGAAGUAAGGACAGCUCUCAAGCCACAUCAAGGUCGGCAAGCAGAAGAUGAAGUGGUGAUGGAGAGGUGGGGGAAUGGCAAGCCUCCUCUCUUGCCGGUUACACCCGUUAACCAGAGAUGUUGAGAGAGGCUUCAGGUUUCGUGCUUGCUGUUAUUCUCAUCUUCAGGUAGCCUGCUGAUUCCCAAACUGUUGGCACAGACACAGAGACUCCAGUGAUAAGCUAAUAAUAAGUCUGACCCCAUCCCAAUCCACUUUCCUCAUGGUUUCUUUAUUGAAUAAAUAAAUGUAUUCUUUGUGUAUUUGAUAACACAAUCAGUUCCAUUUCUGAUGAAUUUUGUUGAGAUCUUACUUGGGGAAACAGUUAUCGGAGCUUAGAGGGAUUUAAAAAGUAGUCCCUUUCAUGCAGACACCACACUCCUUGAUUUCCGUUUUCUCCCCUUGGCACUUUUUACUUUCCAUUAACCACAUUCCUGCACAGUUCAUUUCUAAAACUCACUAUGUUUCUUUAAGGAGCCAUCCAAAAACUGUCCUUACAUUGUAAUUUUCUGUGGCACUGGGAAACCAUAUAUGACUAUAAUAAAAAUCCAUUUUGUGAAAA